CACACACACAAACACACAGGCACUGUUCUUUCUCUUUAUAUUCACGUGUUCAUGUGGUGAUUUUUUCUUGAUUUUGAUUUUGUUUUUUAAUUUCAUUUUUCUUUUCGCGUUCACCAUCAUUCAUCAUCAUCAUGGGACGUGUAAUUCGAAGUCAACGUAAAGGUGCUGGUUCCGUUUUCAAGAGCCAUAAUAAACAUCGUAAAGGAGCGCCGAAAUUCCGCGCUAUCGAUUUUGCUGAACGACAUGGCUACAUUAAAGGUGUUGUCAAAGAAAUUAUUCACGAUCCAGGUCGUGGUGCUCCAUUGGCCGUUGUUGUUUUUCGCGAUCCAUACAAAUACAAAUUAAGAAAGGAAUUGUUUCUAUCCGUUGAAGGAAUGUACACUGGACAAUUUGUCUAUUGUGGCCGAAAGGCAAACCUUCAAAUUGGAAACAUUCUACCGGUUGGAACAAUGCCCGAAGGAACUGUUGUCAGUAAUCUGGAAGAAAAACCAGGUGACCGAGGUAAAAUGGCAAGAGCCUCUGGAAAUUAUGCCACUGUUAUUUCCCAUAAUCCAGACACCAAGAAAACCCGUAUCAAGUUACCAUCGGGUGCCAAGAAAGUAAUUCAAUCAUCUAAUCGAGCCAUGGUUGGAAUCAUUGCUGGUGGUGGUCGUAUCGAUAAACCAAUCCUGAAAGCUGGCCGUGCUUAUCACAAAUACAAGGCUAAACGAAACUCAUGGCCCAAAGUUCGUGGUGUUGCUAUGAAUCCAGUUGAACAUCCACACGGUGGUGGUAAUCAUCAACACAUUGGUAAAGCUUCGACCGUACGUCGUGAUGCAAGUGCUGGUCGUAAAGUUGGUCUUAUUGCUGCUCGUCGUACUGGCCGUAUCAGAGGUGGUAAAAAAGAAGUCAAAGAAGAGAAAUAGAGAACCAAAAAAAUUGUAAUUUCAAUUUUUC